CCAAAAAUAACACCUCCUCUUGUUCAGCACCCAAAGUCGAAGGAUAGCUCUGGCCUUUCAAUUCAAGAAAGUGCUAGAUUUGUGAGUGUUGUAUGAUAUAACCAAUUCUCAGUGUCCAUAUUUGUUUUGGAACGAUCGGAAUAAUCUUCAUUUUAUGGGAGAGACAGAACUGGCGUCAAACAUGCGUAAAAAUCAACGCUGUCCAAGCAGGGAACCACCGAGAAAGGAAUUAUCGCCGCUCAUCUGAGGCCAAUCUCGAAUAUUUUUGUCAAAUAAGGAAACAUAACUUAGCUAGCGAGCUAACGUUAGCUCCGUUGAUAGCUAGGUUACCGACAUAUCUUCACACAAAAGAAGAAUCCAGCAGAUAAUCAAGAUUGGAUCUACAUUCGCAACAGCAGGAAAACCUAUAGGCAGCAAUGGGUGCAUUCCUGGACAAGCCGAAGACGGAGAAGCAUAGUGCCCACGGUGAGGGCAAUGGGCUGCGUUAUGGCCUGAGCUCCAUGCAGGGCUGGCGGGUGGAGAUGGAGGACGCUCACACAGCUGUGGUGGGCCUCCCCCAUGGACUCACCGACUGGUCCUUCUUUGCUGUCUACGAUGGGCAUGCAGGCUCCCGUGUUGCCAACUACUGCUCCGGCCACUUGCUGGAACACAUCUUGUCAGAAGACUUCAGUUCAGGAUCUGCGUCUGUGGAGGGUGUGAAGGACGGCAUCCGCUCGGGCUUCCUAACAAUUGAUGAGUACAUGCGCAGCUUCUCUGACCUGCGGCAGGGCCUGGACCGCAGUGGAUCAACAGCCGUGUGCGUGUUGCUCAGCCCGACCCACCUCUAUUUCAUUAACUGCGGCGACUCGAGGGCCGUGCUGAGUCGAGACACCAAGGUGGGCUUCUCUACCCAGGACCACAAGCCCUGCAACCCCCGUGAAAAGGAGCGCAUCCAGAACGCUGGCGGCUCAGUCAUGAUCCAGAGGGUAAACGGCUCCCUGGCUGUGUCCCGGGCCCUGGGGGACUACGACUACAAAUGUGUGCAUGGGAAGGGCCCCACGGAGCAGUUGGUGAGCCCGGAGCCCGAGGUGUGUGUGUUGGAGCGGGCGCCCGAGGGAGACGAGUUUGUGGUGCUGGCAUGUGAUGGAAUCUGGGAUGUCAUGUCCAACGAGGAGCUGUGUGAAUUUGUCCGCUCACGACUCCUGGUGUGUGAAGACCUGGAGAAGGUCUGUAACUCAGUGGUGGACACCUGUCUGCAUAAGGGGAGCAGGGACAAUAUGAGUGUGGUGGUGGUGUGUUUACCUGGAGCGCCCAAGAUCUCAGAGGAGGCUGUGAAGAAAGAAGAGGAAUUGGAUAAGUACCUGGAGAGCCGUGUUGAGGAGCUCCUGGCGAACUGUGGGGAGGGGGGAGUCCCUGACCUGGUGUCUGUCCUGAGGAGCAUUGCCACAUUGAAUAUCCCCGACCUUCCACCUGGCGGAGGGCUGGCCAGCAAACGGAGUGUGAUCGAGGCGGUGUACAACAGGCUGAACCCUCACAGAGAAGAGGAAGGGGCCUGUGCGGGGGGAGAGGAGGAGAGUGAGGAGGGAGGUGGCAGCACGGCGGCUCAUCUGCUGGAAGCUCUGCGGCAGUUCCGCCUGCACCACCGGGGGCAGUAUCACUCUGUGCUGGAGGAUUCCCUGGCCACCUACCACCUACGGGGGGAGAGCACUGCGGAUGGAACAGGGGAAGGCACAAGGAACUUGGAUGACGACAGUGAUGGCCAGCAGCAGUCCGCCUCCCCUCCCUCUCCCCCCUCGCCCCCGCCCUCACCUGCCACUGCAAAGCCGGAGGCCAGCAAAGAUGCUCCCGCCCCUGAGGCUGAUCCCUCCUCUGACUGAGCUCCCCGUCUGCAUACCUACCUUCCCACCCAACCCCAAAGCUAGUCCAACGUGCUUUGAUCUCUCCUCCUCUUUCCUUUAUUACAGAACUUGAAUGGCCAUAUCGGUCACUUCUGGCUCUACCUUGGGCUGCAAAUUCAGCUCCCAUUUCCAUUCAUGAAUAUUUUAGUAAUGUAAUGGAAAUAAAAAGGCCCCCUCUGUCUAUUCAAGUUCUGUCUCCGAGCCACAUACUGUAUAUACCUUCCUCCUAAUGAGGACUCCUUUCUUUUGUUUUCCCUUUCCUUUGUUCACCUUGGCUUGGAUUCCCAAACUUGCCAGCCACUUUUACAACCUGACUGAUGUUAACCAU